AUGAAUGUCAAAUUGAACGAGUAUCUCUAUAUACUCCAGAUGUUUUUAGAUAGAGAGAUUCAAGAUAAUUUUAAUUAUGCCACAUUGUUUAGGAGUCGAUCCACUGUAAUAGAUAUGAUUAAAUUUUAUAAUAUAGAUGGCGAAUACCACGAAUACUUGCGUUCUGUUAUCUUGAUUCCGAUGAUCAACAAGUUGAAUUCGCUGGCGAUGCCCGACGAGCGCGGCCAGCCUGCCGAUGUCUCAGAGUUGAGUGGAUUCCUGCUGCGGACCAUCAUCGACAACAUCCAGAAAUGCCCACUGAAAAUAAUCUACACUUGCAAUAUGCUGAAACGACACGUCUCCAAGAAAUACUAUGAACACUGGCGCGAAAUCGUUGGCGGCUACUUCUUCCUGAGAAUCAUAUGUCCCGCUUUGACAUCGCCGAAAUACUAUUUCACAGAGCACGAAUGGUCGUUGAUUGAAACUAAGCAUCAACACCGACUGACAUUAACCAAAGACUUAGUGGAAAUUGCUAAAUUCAUUCAACAACUCUCCAAUAGCAUAGAUAGAAACAAUAGUAAUAAUAUUAAUAAUAGAACAUUGAAUAAUAACAACAAUAAUAAUAAUAAUAAUUUUCAACAACAUCAACGUGUAAUACUUCAACAACAGACAGAGAGAAUCAUUGGAAUUCUCGAGGAGAUAUCUUCGUAUCAUUGCCGAUUCAUCGAUGAAUCUGUAAUGUCUUUGAGUGUCGAUAUAUCGGAACGAAUGAUUAAAGAGUCGGAGGAGCUGAUCGAGCGAUCCAAGUCAGAGUUGAUCAAUGGCAACACAGUAGAGAUCAAAAAGAUACAGGAUCUCGAGAUCAUUCUCUCUCCAAUUAGAGAGUCAUACCUUUUACGACCAUCCAACAAUGAUUACCUAGUGGUAUUAAAAUAUCAUAAGUCUUAA